AUGGAUCAAAGUACUGAUUGGUAUAGUAACAAAUCAGAUACGCCCUAUUAUGAAAUCAACGACAUCAACGAUGAAAAGUACAAUGAUAAUGACAUCAUCAACCAUAUAACGUCCAACAUUUAUGAUCAGAACUCCAAUUAUCCCUAUGAGUUUGAUUUGAAUGAGUUAGACACUAAUUAUAUUAAUGGACAAGGAGAAGGUAACGGCGAAGGACAUCAGAAUCACCAGAACCAUCAAAAUCAUCACCAGAACCAUGAACCUCUUCAUAAUGGUGAAAAUGGCGGUAGUUCGAUAAUGCAACAGAUCGCUAAUGCUAACCAUAAUAAUUCUUCAGCUUUCCCUCCUUCGGCCACCAUUGAAAAUACUCCAAUGAUGAUGGCUAAAGGACAUUUGAAACAAUUGGAAGACCAAAUCAUCAAUUCUCCCAUUUUACCUAGUCAGAACGAUAAGUCUUUCAAUAAUCAGCAUUAUUAUCAUAAAUUACAAAGAAAUGAAUCGAAAGAAUCGUUUGAAAUUCAACAAAAUCAUAUCAGACCGGAUGCUGUGUUCACACCAUUGGUCUCACCAUCUCAAACUCCUUUGGAUAGGAAAUAUUCUAAUCCUAUUAAUACUACGUUUGAACCAUUAACAUCGCCAGCAUUGAACGCUCAGAAUCAGAAAGCUUUAAAUAAGAGAAGAUCUUCACUGUCAGCGUUCCCCACAGUUGACGAUAAAUUGGUCAAUAAGAGAAGAACUCCUCAUGGUACUCCAAUAUUGGCUUCAAAUAAGAAAUCUCCCUCAUCACAUUCCAACUCAAUAUCUAUCACUGGGUUUGAAAAAUUACCUGAAAGUUCAGUCAAUUAUUCCAAUUCCAAUUCCAAUUCGAACUCAAAUUCUAAUACUCCAAUGUUACCUCCACAAAAGAAAAUCGAUAAUACAUCUCCACAAUUAAUGAGUUUUACUAUGGGUAAGUUGGCCAAACAACAAUCUCAAUCAUCAUUUGAAAACUUACCUUCAACAAGUCCUACCCUUAAGUCUCGUAAUUCGUCAAUAUCCCAAUCAGCUGAAAAUUCACCUAAUUUAAUGGCUAGGAAGGAAAAACCUGCUAUGAAAAAGGCGUCUCACAAGUUAGCUGAACAAGGUAGAAGAAAUAGAAUGAAUUUAGCUGUUCAUACUUUAGGAGGGUUGAUUCCUCAAAAUUAUCAUGAUCAGGUGACCAUCCCAUCCAAAGCUACAACAGUAGAAUUGGCAGCAAAGUAUAUAAAAGAUUUAUUGGCAGAGAUUGAUGAUUUAAAAAAUCAUGUUUAA